GAUAUGAGGAGGAAGUUAAGACAGAACAUCUCAUACAACCUUUAGACGGAGUCCAUUUUCACAGAAACAAGAAGCAUUGGAGCAGCUAUGGGGAUCAACAGUGGCACUACUAAUUCUGAAACUAUAGUCUCUAAUGGAAGUCUCUUCAAACUGGGUUUCUUUAGCCCUAGUAAUUCUACCAAACGCUAUGUCGGAAUCUGGUACGGCAAGACUUCUGUAUCCUCUGUGGUAUGGGUUGCUAACAGGGACAAGCCCCUUAAUGAUACUUCUGGAAUUAUGAAGAUAUCUGAAGAUGGUAAUCUUCAAAUUUUGAAUGGCGAGAAAGAGGUUAUCCGGUCAUCAAAUGUUUCAAAUGCUGUAUCAAACACAACCGCGCAGCUUUUAGAUUCUGGAAACCUUGUUUUGAAAGACGACAGAAGGAUCAUAUGGGAGAGUUUCCAGCAUCCUUCUCAUGCACUUUUGGCAAAUAUGAAACUCAGCACCAACAUGUACACCGGUGAGAGACGAGUGCUGACAUCAUGGAAAAAGGCUUCAGAUCCAUCCAUUGGAAGCUUCUCUGUAGGAGUUGAUCCAUCAAAUAUCACUCAAACUUUCAUUUGGAAUGGCAGUCAUCCAUAUUAUCGCACUGGUCCAUGGAAUGGUCAGAUCUUUAUUGGAGUAGCCAACAUGAAUUCAUUUGUUGGUAAUGGGUUUCGGAUGGACCAUGAUGAAGAAGGUACCGUUUCUGUAUCUUUUACUACUUCUGAUGAUUUUUUAUCAUUGUACUUUACCUUGACUCCUGAAGGAACAAUGGAGGAAAUAAAUAGACAGAAGGAAGAUUGGGAGGUCAGAUGAGAAAGCAAGCAAACUGAGUGUGAUGUUUAUGGUAAGUGUGGGGUAUUUGGAAUCUGUAAUCCAAAGAAUUCACCAAUUUGUAGCUGUUUGCGAGGGUAUGAGCCAAAGUCUGUAGAGGAAUGGAAUAGUGGAAAUUGGACUAGUGGGUGUGUGAGGAAGACCCCAUUGCAAUGUAAGAGAACAAAUGGUAGCAUUGAAGUGGGAAAAAUAGAUGGAUUUUUUAGGGUAACAAUGGUGAAAGUACCAGAUUUUGUAGAAUGGUUCCCUGCUCUUAAAAAUCAAUGCAGAGAGAUGUGCUUGAAGAAUUGUUCCUGUAUAGCUUAUUCCUAGAAUAAUGGAAUUGGUUUUAUGUCAUGGAGUCGUGACUUACUCGAUAUGCAAAAGUUCUCUAGCAGUGGAGCAGAUCUUUACAUUCGUGUCGCAGACAUGGAACUAGGUAAAAUGGUCUUGUUUCCUUUACCUCUUUCUCUCUCUGCUUAGAUACUCGUUCAUAUUUUGAUGAAUUUUUAGUCCGAUAUUUACUUGCACUACCACUGACAUCAUUACCUCCACCCAAUUCAUCGAAGACACUGAAACUGUAGUCUCUAAUGGAAGUGCCUUCAAACUAAGUUUCUUUAGCCCGGCUGAUUCAACCAACCGCUACGUUGGCAUCUGGUACAGCAUCCCUUCUUUAUCUACUGUCAUAUGGGUGGCUAACAGGGACAAACCCCUCAAUGAUUCUUCUGGGAUUGCGACCAUAUCCGAAGAUGGUAAUCCUCUGGUUAUGAAUGGCCAGAAAGUGACUGUAUGGUCCUCGAAUGCUUCAAAUCGAGCACCAAAUUCAAGAGCUCAGCUUUUAGAUUCUGGAAACCUGGUUCUGCGGGAUAACAGCGGAAGGAUCACAUGGGAGAGCAUUCAACAUCCUUCUCAUUCACUUUUGCCAAACAUGAAGCUCAGCACGAAUACACAUUUCGGUGAGAAGGUGGUCCUAACAUCAUAGAAAUCUCCCUCUGAUCCGUCUAUUGGAAGCUUCUCUGCAGGAAUAAAUCCUCUAAACAUUCCUCAAGCAUUCUUCUGGAAUGGCAGUCAUCCAUAUUGGCGUAGUGGUCCAUGAAACGGUCAGAUCUUUAUUGAAGAACCUGAUAUGAAUUCAGUUUUCCAUAAUGGAUUUCAGAUGGUUGAUGGUAAAGAAGUUUCUGUUUACGAAACUUUUAAUCUGGAAAAUUCGUCUAUCUUUUUAUACCAUGUCUUGACUCCGGAUGGAACAGUAGUGAAAACAUAUAGGGAGUACGGGAAGGAGGAGUGGGAGGUUAUUUGGAAGAGCAAUAAAAGUGAGUGCGAUGUUUAUGGUACAUGUGGGGAAUUUGGAAUCUUGAAUUCAGGGAAUUCACCAAUUUGCAGCUGUUUGAGAGGGUACGAGCCAAAGUAUGUAGAGGAAUGGAGUAGAGGACAUUGAACUAGUGGAUGCGCGAGGAAGACACCAUUACAAUGUGAAAGAACAAACAGCAGCGGUCAAGAGGACAAAAUAGAUGUAUGUUUUAGGCUGACAACAGUAAAAGCGCCAGACUUUGCAGAAUUGUCUCUUGCUCUUGAAGAUGAAUGCAGAGAGCAAUGCUUGAAGAAUUGUUCUUGUAUCGCUUAAUCAUAUUACAGUAGCAUCGGUUGUAUGUCAUGGAGUGGAAACUUGAUUGAUUUGCAAAAAUUCCUUUGCAAUUUAUUAUAUGUUAUACUAUUAAUAUUAAUAUUAUUAUCAUUAUUAAA